AUGAAUCCAGGGCAACUCGCUCUACUUCGAUCCACAAUCUGUGUGGUGCUUACAACGCAUUUUUCGGUACAAGUUAUGUCGAAGCAUCUACUCUGCUGGAAGAAGGCCGAGGAACAAAAGGCUAUAUUACUUAUCGUACUAAAGGCUCCUAUAUAUGCUGUUGACUCUUAUGCUGGGUUACUAGAUCUUCGGGGAAGAAAAGCAUUUUUCAUGUUCUUGGAGUCAAUUAAGGAAUCCUGUGAAGAAUUGGAGAUAGCUAAGUUCGUUGCUUUGUUGUCGGGUCAUCUGAACAUAUCCUCAAGUAAAAACAUAGUGCCAGAUGAGAUCGGGUAG